GCUGCGAAAACCUAUAUCUUCACAUGUUGAAAACUUAAAGAAACAAAUCACUCUGACCUGACACCUUUCAUCAAAACAUCAAUCAAAGGGUUUUUAUUGGAAGUGUGCAGGUGUGGGAAGGGACAGGGAGUGUUUUGCAUAAGGUGUGUAGAGAAUACUUUCAUUUUCAUUUCUGGUGAAUCUUAUCAUUCUUUAUCUACUUACGCAUCAGUCUGAACCAUCAGUCUCUACUGAACUCACCACACCACACUGCCAUGACCUAAACAUCACAAAGAAGAGUUUCUGUUCCAACUUAGGAAUUACAUUACAACAACCAUUUUCACAUCAGUCACCAGUCUUCAGGAUUUUUACUGAAGAUACCACCAUGGGUCCCAGCUUGAUUUUCCUCUGUCUGUCCCUUCUGAUCCACAGUGGUGUGUUUGGUGAUGAAGUGAAGUCAGUGUCAGUGAUGGAGGGACAUUCUGUUACUCUACACACUGAUGUUGUUAAACAGAGAGAUGAUAAGAUCGUGUGGUAUUAUGGGCCUGAACACACAUUUGUUGGCACAAUCAAUGGAAAGCCCAACAGCACCAAGUUAUCUAAAGAUGAGAUAUUCAUAGACAAACUGAAGCUGGAUGAUCAGACUGGAGAUCUCACCAUCACAAACAUCACAUCUCAACAUUCUGGACUUUAUACAAUGAAGAACAGCAUCAAUAAUAAAGUCUCAAGUUUUAGUGUUACUGUCUAUGGUGAUGUGAAGUCAGUGUCAGUGAGAGAAGGAAAUUCUGUUAUCCUGUACACUCAUGUUCUUAAACAGAGUCAUGAUCUGAUGGUGUGGACUUUUGGACCAGAAAACACACAUGUUGCAACAAUUGAUGUACAAGCCAAUAACAUCACAUAUUCUGAGGAUGAGAUGUUCAGAGACAGAGUGAAGCUGGAUGAUCAGACCGAAGCUCUCAUGAUCCAUGACACCACAACUCAUCACUCUGGACUUUAUACACUAAUGAUCAGCAACAAUAAUAAACUCUCAUACAUGAAAUUUAGUGUUACCGUCUAUGAGGAAAUGAAGUCAGUGUCAGUGAGAGAAGGACAUUCUCUUAUUCUGUACACUCAUGUUCUGAAACAGGGUCAUGAUCUGAUAGAGUGGACGCAUGGACCUGAAAACACACAUGUUGCAACAAUAGAUGUAGAGGCCAACAGCAUCAUGUUCUCUGAUGAUGAGAUGUUCAGAGACAGAGUGAAGCUGGAUGAUCAGACCGAAGCUCUCAUGAUCAAUGAGACCACAAGUCAUCACUCUGGACUUCACACACUGAAGAUCAGCAACAACAAAUCACACUUUUAUAAGAGGUUCAGCGUUACUAUCGUUACUGUCAGUGAUUUUCAUGUCCUGUGGCUCUGUGUGAUUCCCGCUGUACUUCUGAUCUGUGCCUGUAUCUGUAUCUGGGUCUUUGUACACAAACAAACAGCAAAUUCUAUGAAAAAACAACUUCUAACAGAUGACGUAAGCAGCAAAAACUCCAGCAUCACAGAUGUUGCCAUCUCUGUAAUGCAAGAUUAAAUAUGUUCCAGGGGUGUUGCUAGACCUUAAGCUAUAUGGGGCACGGGCCGAAGUUACUUUUUCUAUCAUUUUUAUCUUGAAAGCAGUGCAAUAGUGAUUUUUAGGUUUAGGUGAUGGGAUAGGGGAUAGAAUAUAUACUGAAUUAAAGUCAAUGGAAAAAUCUAUCACCCCCUCCCACACACAGACACAUUAACCCAGCUCAUUGGUGGAAGUUAAAGGCAAUAGGCCAAGAAACAGCAUAUUGUUUCCCUUAUUUAGUGACUAAAUGUAUUUUUUAAGAGUUAUUUAGACGAGAAUGUAUGUGUUUAAAGUUCAAAUCUGUGAGACGUGAGCUUCAGGGAACCACAGAGUGCUCAGGGCUAAUGUAUCCUGACAAACGCAUCCUCAACACCUCGCAAGUCCUUCUGAAACAUAACAUCUGUAAAGUAAGCAGUUAAGCAUUAAAUUAUUAAUUAUUUUGGGCAUAUAUCUAACGGUCAAAAUUUUGUUUUAUAAAUCUAUACUUUGUUUUUUGGCUUAUCGUUUUUGACCUAGGGGCAAGUUUAGUUUCAUAACUUUAAAUUUUUUAUUUAACUUUGUACUGCUGCAUUUUGGCAAAUUAUUUAAGUAUUUCAUACAACAAACAUCUUAAUGCAUUAUAAAAAGGAUCGUCUUCUAUAUCAUAUUUCAUUUUAUUAAAAACAAAAAACAGAUAAUCAAGGUAUAGGCACAUAGCCUAUGUUGCCUGAAUCAUUUGAAUGUCCUUAUAUUGUGUAUAACAUGUUCUUAACAUGUCCUAAAAAUAACUUGAAAAAAUAAAGCUAAUACAAUGUUGA